CUGAGGCGCCGAAAGCAUCCGAGAGAACCUCUUACUUUCAACUUGCCUUUACGGGAUCUGUAAUCAUGGUGGUUAUUGUGUUGGUGCACAAGGCGAUGUUCGACUCCAUUGUGUUUUUCAUCGGCGUGGGCAUAGUCGCGAAGCUAGCAGUCGCCCAGAAUGACACGGAACCCAUAGUCCUGGAGGGCAAAUGCCUGGUGGUUUGUGACUCUAAUCCCGCCACAGAUUGGAAAAGCUCUUCUUCUCCACUUGGCAUCUCAGUGCGCGCCGCAAAUUCCAAGGUGGCUUUUUCUGCAGUGAGAAGCAACAACCAUGAACCAUCAGAAAUGAGCAACAAAACGAGAAUAAUAUACUUUGACCAAAUCCUUGUCAACAUUGGAAACUAUUUCACUUUAGAAUCUGUGUUUCUGUCCCCACGGAAAGGGGUCUACAGUUUCAACUUCCAUGUUAUUAAGGUGUACCAGAGUCAAACCAUACAGGUGAACUUAAUGUUAAACGGAAAGCCUGUGAUCUCAGCCUUCGCCGGUGACAAAGAUGUGACUCGUGAAGCGGCUACUAACGGAGUCCUGCUAUACCUGGACAAAGAGGACAAGGUCUACUUGAAGCUGGAGAAGGGCAAUCUAGUGGGCGGGUGGCAAUACUCCACCUUCUCUGGCUUUCUAGUGUUCCCCCUGUAAAGAAAAGCACACACACAAAACAAACGCACUCUAUUUAUCCGGUGUGUCAUCAUUGUGUAACCAAUACCUCCCACACUGACUGGAUCCAAAACGGAUACUUGUCCUCAGACUGCUGUGAGAAGAAACAAGCAGACAAUGUCAUCUUAGGCAAAAAAGAUAAGGAAAACAAACAAGCAUACCCCUCUUUUGAACAAUACAUCUAACAGAGUUCAUUGCUGC